CGCGGGGCGGGGCCGGGCUGGGCCGAGGUGGCUGGUGGCGGUGAGGCGUUUCAGCGCAAUCCGGCCCCGCAGUUCCGCAGCCUCGCCCCCUCGCCGCCAUGAGCACUAAACAGGUCACCUGUAGGUACUUCAUGCACGGUGUAUGUCGGGAAGGCAGCCAGUGCCUGUUCUCACAUGACUUGGCGAACAGCAAGCCAUCCACCAUCUGCAAAUACUACCAGAAGGGCUAUUGUGCCUAUGGCACACGGUGCAGAUAUGAUCACACAAAGCCCCCGUCUGCAGCAGGUGGAGCUGUGGGCCCUGUGCCCUCCCCCAGCUUGCACAGUCCUCACCCUUCUGACUUGGCCACAUCGGUCAUGAGGACCCACUUGCAUGAACCAGGGAAGCGGGAAAAGAAGACGCUAGUGCUCCGAGACCGCAAUCUCACUGGCCUGGCUGAAGACAAGACUCCCCCAAGCACAGUAAAUAAUCCAGGUGGCUGCAGUGACCCCCAGACUAGCCCAGAGAUGAAGCCCCAUUCCUACCUCGAUGCCAUCCGGAGUGGCUUGGAUGACCUGGAAGCCAGCAGCUCCUACAGCAGUGAGCAGCAGUUGUGCCCCUAUGCUGCUGCUGGGGAGUGCCGGUUUGGAGAUGCCUGUGUCUACCUGCAUGGGGACAUGUGUGAGAUCUGUAGGCUGCAAGUCCUGCACCCCUUUGACCCAGAGCAAAGGAAAGCUCAUGAGAAGAUGUGCAUGUCAACAUUUGAACUUGAGAUGGAAAAGGCCUUUGCCUUCCAGGCAAGCCAGGACAAGGUGUGCAGCAUCUGUAUGGAGGUGAUCCUGGAGAAGGCAUCUGCUUCUGAGAGGAGGUUCGGGAUUCUCUCCAACUGCAACCACACCUACUGCCUUGCCUGUAUCCGUCAGUGGAGAUGUGCCAAGCAGUUUGAAAACCCAAUCAUCAAGUCUUGUCCAGAAUGCCGUGUGAUAUCAGAAUUUGUAAUUCCAAGUGUGUAUUGGGUAGAAGACCAGAAUAAAAAGAAUGAGUUGAUUGAAGCUUUUAAACAGGGAAUGGGGAAAAAAGCUUGUAAGUAUUUUGAGCAAGGCAAGGGGACCUGCCCCUUUGGAAACAAGUGUCUUUACCGCCAUGCUUACCCCGAUGGGCGGCUGGCAGAGCCAGAGAAACCUCGGAAGCAGCUCAGUUCUGAAGGCACCGUCAGGUUCUUUAACUCUGUGCGGCUCUGGGAUUUCAUCGAGAACCGUGAAACCCAGCAGGUCCCCAACACUGAAGAUGUUGAUAUGACAGAGCUUGGGGACCUCUUCAUGCACCUUUCUGGAGUAGAGUCAUCAGAACCCUAGAGUCAGUGGUGGCCCCUGCGUUUUGGACUCUCCAAGCCAGGAUGUGAAAGCGUCUGUCACUGGCCAGUGAAGGCGUGGUUCCCAGAUGUGAGCGGGGUGGUGCUUCCCCUUGGUCUUCUCAUCCUCACGCUCCGUAAUUACAGCCCUGGCAAGAGUGAAGGGUAUAAAAUAACCCAAGUACAUGGAAUCACUACUUUUAUAGCCGAUCUCUUAGUUGUACCUCCAGCCCCCCAUGGGGGAACCAGCUAAGCGGUCCAGCUGUUUUGAUCCAUUGCUUUUAAAAGAAACCUGGCUCCUGUCUUUUGUGGCUUUUUUUUCCGUAAGCAACAGUAAGCUUUCAGCUAGCUGCUUGUAAAGCAGGUCUGUUUUUCUUCCCAAAGGAGUCUCAGCCCUCUAGGAGAAUUCCUCUGUAGUGAAUGUCUCUAGUGUAGUGUUGUCAACCUUGGUUAAUGUGCCGCUUUAUGUUAGCACAUGCAGUCGAGUAAGUCCUGCUUUCAGUGGCAUAGACUCUUUUAGGCUCAUUACUAUAAGGAUAGUCAGGCUUCCCUCCAGUGUCCCAAAUCAGCAGCAACACACACAGCUGAUAUUUAAGAGGGGAUCUUUGUCUAGCUUGGGAGGCUUUAUAGUACAGGAAGUACACAAGGCCCGGAGCCCUCACAGUGUGCUUCCACCUAGGGAUCUGAAAGCUGGAGACAUGGUCAUUCUGAAGCCAUCCAUUCUUACCUGUAAGGUCAGACUUUGCUCUGGUAUUUUGUAAAAAAUUCACAGGACCAAACUUUAUGGUUCUGAUCCAGGAGUCAGUCCUACCUGAGGGGAACUGAGGCCAUGUCUGUUUUAUUUUAAAUGAAGAAUGUGUAUAAUCUUGCAAGUCAGAGCAACCUUGUUCUAAACCUGAGUUUAUUUUUGUAAAACGCUGUAGAUACCAAAUAUUUUAUAAAGUGCAUUACUUUUCACUGUGGGUAGUUGUCUUACCUGUGUUUAGAAUGCUUUUUGCUUCACUGUUACAUGUAAUUCUUGCAAAGCUCAUAAAGAACAGACACUCCUUGAAUUCUGUUCCAUGAGAGAUUGAACAAUGCUGUGAGUGCAGUAUUUACCUUUUAAGGAGUUAGUAGCCAUUAAACCUAAAUUUAAUUUAUUUUAUUAAAAUAACAUAAUUGAAGAACCAUCAGAUAACUGUAUCUUGUCAGGGCAAUAAAAACAAAAUUAAACCCAAAAUCAUUAAGAAAACCUGUAUCCCUGGCUUUCUUACAGACAAUGAUGUGACUAGAGACAGGGCUGGGCUGUGGCCCGCCCCAUAGGGGCAGCUCCUGGAAGACAAAUUCAGCAUGAUGGGGGGCUGCCCCCAGAAGGGUGGAGCACCUCGCUUGGAAAACAUCCCAUGCGGGACGCCUCAGAUGCUAUAAGAGGAGGACGUGUCCACACAGUCCAGUUCCAUAGUACCAAAGCAGGCUCCUCCAGGUGACCAGGGUCUUGGCAAUCCUGGGCUGUUUGGUGC